GGCAACGUCAAAAAUAAACAUUGAAAAAAUAUUUUCAAUCAUAGCAUAGCAUGAAGGUAUUCAGAGAAUAAAACGCAAUUUAAGAAAAUAUUAUUACAAUGAGUUUCCGUGAAGAGGAUAAGGAAAAGGAAAAAAGUGGACUAGGAACAGGCUUGGCCGUCGCCGCAGCUAUAGGCGUCGGUGUUGGGGCUGCUUUGUAUUACUUCAUCAACAAAAGAACAGAAAAUCCAACAGCUGCAGGUUCUACCACGCAGGGCUGGACCUGUGAUUCUCCCCAUACUUUGCAUGCAAAUGAAGAACCAAUAUAUAUCUCGGACGACUCUUACACCACUCUCUCAGAACACAGUACAACUGAUACGAGCAUAUUCGAAGAUAGUUUUACAUGUAAAUGUGACAAUAAUAAUGACUCGGAGAAUGAAACAUAUGAAAGUGACGAAUCAAGCUUCUCGGAUAGUCAAAAUAGCUAUAGUCAGUCUAGCACAGAUACCUCUAGGAGUACAUCCGAUGGUGACGACUAUAUGGACAGUGACGAAUCCGAUUAUAAUAUGUUCAACACAUUGACGUCUGGGAAUGAUUUAAAUGACUCUGAACUUUCUGAAUGGGAUGUAACAACGUCCUUAGAUUAUCCGAGCUAUGAACAACCCUUAACAAGAAGUUACAUAGAAAAUUUUACUAGGAGCUUACUUAUGUCACAUCAGAGAGAUAAGAGAAACAAUGAAUUGAAAUCGCGCGGUGAUGAAGCAUUCCGCGAACGCACAUGGUCGCUCGAGGAGUGCUCCAUCUGCUUCGACGUCAUCCUCCGCGACCAGGAGAUCAUGUCGCUCCCCUGCACGCACAACUUCCACACCAAGUGCAUCCUACCAUGGUUGCAGGAGCAACAAACAUGCCCCAAUUGCCGGAAGUCGAUCGACUGAUAAUGCAGAGUAAUUGUCGUCGACUUCUUUGACAUCUAAGAGGUGGGGACGGAAAGUCUUCGAAAUCAUGAAUAUCGAAUAAAAAAAAUGUAUUGACUGAAAUCUGAAGAUUUACUUCGUACAAUUAAAUAAAAAAAAAAUCUUGUCUAAAUAUUUUCAGAUCUUUGCCAAUACUUUAUAAAAAAAAACUUCCUCUUUAAUGAAGUCCCAAAAAAAUUUUUAAUAUCAAAAAGUAGUUACAAUAAAAAUUAGGGAACAAUGAAUUAUGUUUUUUUUUUUAAAAUUGUGAUAGUUAGGUGUGUUGUAUUAUGUUAUCUAUGUACUGAUUAAAUAAAAAAAAAUAGGAUUUAUGGAAAAAAUAUGAAAAGAAGAUUUGACACGACUAAUUUGUUUUCUCUCUAUUUCUGAACUUAAAAAAAUGCUUCAAAACUAGACAAUAUUCUGCCUUAAAAAAAAAAUAUAAAUAAAAAAAUGUUCUAAUAUUAUUAUAGUUAAUCUUGACAAUACUACACUAAAACUUGCUUUUUUCCUAACUUCUAGUCUUUGUUUUUUUUUUAAUUUUUCGUCUAUGACACAGUCGAUUGUAUGUCUAUAACAAUAUUUUCUAUUUUUUAAUUAAGUUUUAUCGUAUAAUAUUUAUUUCGAUUUUUUAUGAAUGCAGCAUGUGAACUGGAAAUUUAAUUAGUGAAUAAAAAUUAAUAUAAAAAAUGAACUUUUUUAUCUGUACUUAUAAAUUUUAAUGUUUUUAGUUACCGUUCUGAAACAUUAAUAUCAAUAAAAUUGUUUUAAAAUUAAAACAAUUUUAUUGAUAUGAAUUAGAUAUAAAGGUUUAUUGCAAGUUCACGUGCAAAUGUGUUUAAAAAAAAAUUACAACUUUCUAUUAUUAUUUAUUAUAUUGUAACAUAUCAUAUGCGACUUCAAUGUGUAUAAUUGUAGAAAUAAAUCUUUCUUAUGUGAUAUUCGACUAGCUGGCUUGGUAAAAAAAAUGUUCGAAAUAUUUUUUAAAUAAAUUAAUUAUAAUAACAUGAUGUUUUAUUUAUGAAGCAAAAUUUAUAUAUUUGAAGUCUCGAUUUUUCGACUAUCACUACGAGCCUUAGAGGAAGACAGGAUUUAGGCGGCAAAAUAAAUCGAUGUUCGAAUUUCAAAAAUGUAAAUUUUUGAAUUAUUUAAGAAAGUAAAUAACGAUUUUAAAUUACUAGUCUUUAACAAUUAUGUGAUUGUACACAGUGUAGACAUUUGUGAUGAUAUAGAUAUAUAUGGAUACAUAUUUUA